AUGCCGUCCAGGAGGUCGUCCAGCAGCUCCUCCCACGCCAGCGUCCCCGAGGGCAGCAAGAAGCCCGGGGAGGCCGGCCCCCCGGACGACAAGGAGCCGCCGAAGCGGGAGGCCCCGGAGUGGUCCGCCAAGAAGGACGACAAGGGUAGCUACGACCAGCACGACGACCGGGGGUCGGCGCCGGCGCGCGCGCGGAGCCGCAGCCGCGGGAAGGCCAAAGGCAUGCGCGGCUGGAGCGACAGCGAGAGCGACGAGGAGGGCAAGUACCAGCUCAAGACCGUCGUCAGCAUCAAGGGCAUCACCUCCUCCUUCCGCAAGCCGGAGAAGAUCGGGGGCGUAGCGGCCGCGGCGGGGAGCCAGGCGGCCUUCCUCGAGGAGCGCGGCGGCCGGAAGGACAAGGAGGACCGCACGCCGGCCAAGGACAAGGGCAAGCCGAAGAGGGAGGAGUCGAAGAAGGCCCCAGAGAAGGCGCCGGCCAAGAAGGCCGACGGCAAGGGGGAGAAGGAGCCGGAGAGGAAGAAGGGCGGCGACAAGGACGCGGACAAGAAGGAGGCGAAGGAGAAGGAGAAGGAGAAGGAGAAGGAGAAGGAGAAGGAGAAGGCCAAGGAGUCGAAGGCCAAGGACGCCGACAGGGGCAAGGAGUCCAAGCGGGACGACAAGGAGAAGGACAGGAAGAGGGACCGGAGCAGGAGCGGCAAGAGGGACAGGAGCAGCAAGCGGGACACCAAGGAGAAGGACCGCCGUGGCCGCUCCCGCUCCCGCUCCAGGAGGAGGAGGUGA